AUGGCUCUAGCCUUUGCUGUCCCUGGCUCAGCCUCGCUAGUGGCGGCCCACCCGAAGUGUACCGGAGCUCAGCAGGCCUCAGCAUGCGGGCAGAGCAUGCAAGGUGCUGUGGCUCUUACUGCUGCCACGUUGACAUUUGCUGGCAAGCAGAGGAUGCAGAAAAGGCCAGCACCGCACUCUGGAACUCAUAUGCUCAAGUCUGAAAUGACCGAGACGUCUACAGACAGCAACAGCAACAACAAUGACUACGCAUACAAUUUGGUGAAGAUCUGCCUGGUUGUCACUUUGCUGCCUUUCCUGUUCUGCCUGGGCAACUUCUUCUAUGAUAGAUCCCUUAGUGACUUCGAUGUUGAGUAUGGGCCUCACCUGUCUCAUCCAGCACUGCGAGCUACUUCAACCAUUCAGGCGAUCAUGGUUUUUGCAGCGUUGUUCUGGCGUGAGAAAUAUCGGAAUGAUCCCAUUGACCGACUCUUCGGUUGGCUUUUUGUGCCAGAGGCAGUUACGCACAUCAUACUGCACUUCUUCAGCCAUCACUUGCCAGUUGCAAACUUUGCGUUUGCAUAUGCGUUCAGUGCUGGCAUUGCACUUCCAGGAUUCUUGUCACUUCUGUGCUACGUCCCCAAGGAGAAGAAGUUGCCCUGGAUGUACCUUGUGUUGUACGUUGUUACGCAGAUUCCCAUUGUUGCAGGCUUGACGAACAUGGUUGGCCCCGCAAAAAUGAGGCUGAACUAUGCCAAUAUCAACACCGCCUGCAUUACUACGCCUUUCUUCUAUGGCAUCCUCAAACGGUGGAAGGACGUUCCGAAAAGUCCGGUGGUCUUAGCUACCUUGACCAUCAGCUACCAAGUCGCCAUGGGGAUAAUGGGCCCUAUCACGGGAGGCUCAGACCUGAAGCUCUAUGAUCCGUCUUGCAUCUUUCAGCACGGUGUGGUCGACAUUGGCUUCGGGAUUGCCUAUGCAGUUUCGAUCAUCUGCGGAGUCUUUAAACCGGGCGUUGCGCGCCCCGCAUGGGACUGA